ACUUCCGGGUUGGAAGAAAGGUGGCGGCGCUCUCGCGCGUUUCCAUGUAGGAACAAAAUGGAAGGAGAAUCAAGCAGAUUGGAAACUCACACUCCAGUCUUUGACAAGAAGAAGACAAAGUGUCGUGUAUAUAAGGAAAGACAUCAGAGGCAUUGCCAUGAAAGUUUCAGAGACUCCCCCCUGGCAAAUGGACAGUCUUACGUAACUAAGAGGAAAAAAAAGAGAAAGGACCACCGGCAUCUUGUUUCUUCUCCUUUGAAAAGAUCAGAAUUCUGUGAUGAGACUGAAAAGGCCCCUUCUAUCCCCAGAAAGAAUAAAAAGAGAAAAAAAAGUGCCAUGGAUGUAGACAAGGAAACCAGUGUUGCGUACGUUGUGGUGGAUAAAGAAAAUAUUGAGAACAGACCAAAGAAGGUUAGAAGGGAUGUGGAUGUCGUUUACGUUGAUAUAAGCAAGGGACGAAAGUCAGUGAAAGAGCCUGGAGCAGAUGAACCACAUUCCGUUCCUAAACCACGUAAAACUGAGUCAGAAAGACUGCGUGAUAAAGUUCGGAAGAAAAAGCAUAAAAAACGGCGUAGGAAAGCUGCAUCCUGUGAUGCUGUUGAGGAAGGCCCCGGUGCAGGCGUCCCUCUGCCUCCGUCAGAACCCUGGGAGCAGGAAGCCCAGCCUUCCGUGGGCUGCGAAGGUGAAACUACGCAUCUCACAGGACCUGCUCGUAAACACAAGUCUAAGAAAAGAAAGAGACACCGUUCAAAUCGUGAGGAAUUUGAGGCCUCGCCGGAGAGUGCUGAGACUGGGCACUCUGAGGGAUCACAAGUGGUCGGCGAGGUCGGGACUGCAGAAAGUGGGAAGCAAUCAAGCAGCAUGAAGAAAAAGUCUAAGAAAAGGAAGCGAAGAUCUGUUGAGAAUGCUGCGGCGUCCGGAGGUGAUUUUUCAGUGCUCGUGACGAGGUUUGAGGACACACCCUCUGAUGCACUGGAAGAUAAUGGUACCUUGAUGGAGGACAGUGCGAAACCCAGGCCACGAGAGGAGGGAACCCAGGCCUGUUUGGAAGAGGUGCAGAGGUUAGAACCUACAAAUGAAGAAGAAAGCAGUUUGAAAUUGGCUAAAGAUUCUGAAAGAAAGUAUUUAUUUGAAGAUUUGAGAGGUUCUGGUGACCGCGACGUGGAUUUGGACUCCGCUGUGAAGCAGCUCCAAGAGUUCAUCCCUGACAUCAGGGAGAGGGCUGCCACCACCAUCAAGCGGAUGUACCGGGACGACCUGGGCCGCUUUAAGGAGUUUAAAGCCCAGGGUGUCACCAUUAAAUUUGGCAAGUUUUCUGUGAAGGAAAAUAAGCAGUUAGAGAAAAACGUGCAAGAAUUUCUGUCCCUGACGGGAAUCGAUAACGCAGACAAGCUGCUGUACGCAGACAGGUACCCAGAGGAGAAAUCCACCAUCACCAACUUGAAAAGGAAGCACUCGUUCAGACUGCACAUCGGGAAGGGCAUUGCCCGGCCCUGGAAGCUGGUGUACUAUCGAGCAAAGAAGAUGUUCGAUGUCAAUAAUUACAAAGGCAGGUACAGCAAAGGGGAUACCGAGAAGGUAAAGAUAUACCAGUCCCUCCACGGGAACGACUGGAAAAAGAUUGGUGAGAUGGUGUCUCGAAGCAGCCUCUCCGUGGCCCUGAAGUUCUCCCAGAUCAGCAGUCAAAUAAAUCAUGGUGCUUGGAGUAAGACGGAAACCCAGAAACUAAUCAAGGCUGUUGAAGAAGUGAUUCUGAAAAAAAUGUCUCCCCAAGAGCUAAGAGAGAUGAACUCGAGACUCCAAGAGAAUCCGGAAGGCCGCCUGUCCAUCGUUCGGGAGAAGCUCUACAAAGGCAUAUCCUGGGUAGAAGUGGAGGCGAAAGUGGAGACCAGGAACUGGAUGCAGUGUAAAAGUAAGUGGACAGAAAUUCUAACCAAGAGGAUGACAAAUGGCCGGGACAUAUACCGGGGAGUUAAUGGCCUGCAGGCCAAGAUCAAUCUUAUUGAAAGGCUGUAUGAAAUAAAUGUGGAAGACGUUAAUGAAAUAGACUGGGAAGACCUUGCUAGUGCCAUAGGGACGCCGGCACAACCAGGCAGUGUCUCCGUCACCUCGUCACAUCCCGCCAUGAGGCACGUGGUUCUGACUUCGAUGCCCUGGCUCUGGCGGCGUCUGCCCCGUUUCCCGACUCUAGUCAAGUAACAGCUCUCCUCUCGGUGCCGAGGCAUGGCUCUGGGGAGGUGUUUUGAGACCAUAUAAAGAUCCGGUUCCUCUUCAGGCUUCCCUCAGUAAUUUUGGUGUUGACUUGCAUUUGUUGCCUGAGUGGGGAGCUGUCUGCUGUCACUGGGGCCGCCUCAGCUUAGUCCUGGCAUUUUCCAGUCAGCUCUCGCUGAGGGAGGGAGGCCAGCACCCCCAGUACCUGAGUUUCCCCGGCUGGGUGAGGAGAGCCAGCUUCCCGGGCACCGUCCCCCUGAGCAGAGCACGGGGAUGAGCAUCGUGGGCUCCGGGGCUGGUGGACUUUGGGAAGCGGGGGUGUUGAGGGGCUGUUCAGCCUUUAGUUCUGGAGGGUGGACAGCAGUGCAGGGCUGUGGUGGCCCUGCUCCUUCUCUGAAGUGUGGCUACUUGUGUGAAGUUGUCAACAUCACACAAUUAAACCCAUUAGGAGGGGUUUAAACUGGUUCUGGUGCUUAGUUAUUUAUGCCUCACGAUUAUGAACAAAGAACAAUCUGUUUUUUGGUUUUUUUUUUAACUUGGAGAAUUGGAAUCUUUGAAUGACAAGCCCUGUCAGGAGUCAAGAGACGCGUGCCCAAUGUUCCAAACCUUUUCCUUUUCUAGCUCGUCUCAGGGGUGGGGCACCUGCUCUUCAGUAUUGUGGGGCCCUGAGCAGAGAGGGUGUCAGGUGUUUUGAAGGUUGGAGGUCCUGCUGUGCACGCCACCAGCUCCCAUCCUGAGAAGUAUUCACAUUGACAGCUGCUGGUAUCAAACCACCUUCUGCAAAUCUGACUUUGCCAAUAAAUGUUUGUGUGUUUUGUGA